AUGGAAAGCGGUGGCGUAAGUGUAACAACGCCCGUAGGGCGAAUCUGGAGCAAAGUGAAACACUUCAUCACCAUCGAACCGGUGAUCGUUUUCUACAUCUUCGGUGUCGUUUGUAGCACAGCGUUCAAGGUGUUUGAGUACGAAAAGGCCUGCGUUACCAAGCUCGGUGCAGACUUGCGGGUAUGUGAGUUUUUUGUUGAGCUCGAAGAUGAUGACAUCUGUUCCGAACCAGACGAUACCAACCGCACGAUUGCCGGGGUGGAGAAUUUUACCGAAUUUCGUAGCUUGGUUUGUGAAGCGCAGCAACAAUCCACGAACGCGGUGGUGUUUUUGAACUCAUAUCGUAGCAUUAUUGUGGGUAUUAUACAAGCGGUAGUGCUGCUCUUUGCUGGGAGCUGGAGUGAUCGUGUCGGGCUAAGGAAGCCAUGUAUUCUCGUGCCGAUCGCAGCAGAUAUCGUGGCAUUCAGCAUUUACAUUCUGAGUGCCAUCUUCAUGCGCGAAAUACCACUGGAGGUGGCGGGUAUUUUGCCGAACCUUAUCAUUGCAUUCAGUGGUGGAGUUCCAUUGGUAGUUACUGGCAUCUAUAGCUACUUAACCGUAUGUACGGACGAGAAAGAUCGUACAUUUAGGUUCGCUUGCACCGCAGUUGUGUAUGCCACCAUACCGAUCGUGGCCAAUUUCUUCAGUGGACAUCUGUUUAAGUACUUCGGGUUUAUAAAACUAUGCGCACUUUGCAUCGUCACUGACACCAUCGGUCUGUUGUACGGGUUGUUCGUCUUAAAGGAACCAACAAACAUGGAAUCUUCGGCUACAAAUGAAACAACCAACGAGGCAAAGGAAAACCAGUCCAAACCAACGCUGCGCCAGCUGUUUGACAUUAGCCUGGUAGUGGAUUGUGUGAAAGUGUUUCUAAAAAAGCGAGACUUCAAUUGCCGGAACAUCCUGUAUCUGACCGUGCUGGCAUACUUCAUCAACUACGGUGCCCUCGGAGACGCGGAAUCGGCCGCCAUCCUAGCGUACGUCCAGUUCAACUGGAUAACGAAUCUCGGCACCUGGAUAUCGUAUGAUCUACUAACGACCAUGCUGGGAACCCUUCUGGCGAUGGGCGUCCUGAGCAAACGGUUCGGUAUUUCGGAUGCGAUGAUUUGUGUGUUUUCCGUGUGUUUCUCAUUGGUUGGAAAGCCGAUCAUGGCCGUUGCCGUGUCGACCGUGAAGCCGUACCUGUACUACGUCGCCACCUCGAUCGAUGUGUUCGAGGGGAGCAAAAUGAUCGCAAUCCGGAGCCUCGUGUCCAAGCUGGUCGGACAGGAUGAGAUUGGAAAAAUGUUGUCCAUACUGGGAAUUGUGGAUUCUGCUCAGGUUGCCAUCUACCCGACCAUCUACAGCACGGUUUAUUUGCAGAGCCAAUCGUUCUUCGUUGGCAGCGUGUUCCUACUCAGCGAAGCGUUUCUGCUGGUCUCCUUGGGUAUUUACGGAAUGCUGUUCCUGAUGUCCCGACGAUCUGAAUAUGAUAAAAACAGAGCACAGUCAUCCGCCAAGCAGGGAAUCGAUAAUCCUGCAGUGGAUAUUACUGCACUUUGA